GAUAAAUAUAAAUUUGAAUUUUAAAAUGGGAAAUAUUUUUGGGGUGGAAUGGAUAGAGAUAAUGGGGUAUGCUAGCAGACAUUUCUACCACCAUAUUCUUCUCAUCUCUCUUUCACAGAUUCUUCUUUCUUAGUGUCCAUGAAUCCACUCUUUCAAACUUCUUUUUCUUCCUCUUCUUGGGCUGCUCUCUUGUGUAGUAGUUGUUCUUCUUGUGUUGCUUCUUUGUUGCCCAUAUCUCCACAUGGGAGCUUGGUUGGGAGUCAAAGUUUAACAAACACAUAGAUUUAUUUUCUCUUUUGGGGGGUUUUAUGUUUGUUGAUGUUUUGAGUUCAGGAAUUUAAGGAGGCUUGUGAAGUAGAUUUCGUGUCAGAUUCUUUGCCGGGAUGUUCUGAUUUGAUGAGUUAAUUUGGAAUCUGAGUUGGUGAUGUUUGGCCCAUUUCUUGUUCUGGGUUUUGGUUGGUAGCUGAGAGGAUAAUUAGCAAAUUCUGUUUGGAAUUGGAAGUUCAGAAUCUGGGGAUUCUUUGAUUCUUUUUUGGGGCGUGGUGAAUUUCUUUACUCAAAUUUUUGGGACUUGUUUGCCAUCUGAUUUUGAGGCUCUUUUGGUGGAUAAGAUAGCAUCUUGCUCACUCUGACCUCCCUUUUCAUUCCCUUUGUUUGUAGUGAUUUUGGAAGUGGGUUGGGUUUGGCUCUUCCUCUUCUCUUCCCUUCCCUUCCAAGUUUAGAUUUUUUUUUCUUUUUUCUUUUGAUGUUGGUUUUCAGUAGACAGUUUCUGUAGAUUUGAUAGUGGCUCUUUCUCUCUAGAAGAAGUCAGACCCACUUCUUCUUGUAAAUGUUUCUUGUAGACGGUGUUGGACACUGUUGUGGAUGAGUUUUCUCCAUGUGUUGGGGUUUGGUCUGAAGGUGGGACAUCUCCUUUUGAUGCUAUGUUGCUGGAUUAUAUCUGUGAUCCCUGUGAACUGGUUCAUUAAUGGUGGAGUCAUGGAAACCAAGGCUGGUUUACUUAGUGAUGGUGGAAAGAUAUGGAUGAGAUUGUGGGAGAAGAUGUUUGGGAACAGUGGUAAGAUCCCCCAUCACUGGUACCAGAAGUUUUGGUCCAAGAAGGUUGGAAAGACAUGGUGGAGAAAGCUUUUGUUUACAUGGGUUCUGAUGUGGAUCAUGGUGUCUUUGUGGAUCUUCUCGUAUCUGAGCCUACAAGCUUCUGAAAAGAGGAAGGAAACCCUUGGAAGCAUGUGUGAUGAGAGGGCUAGGAUGUUGCAGGAUCAGUUUAAUGUGAGUAUGAACCAUGUUCAGGCCAUGUCCAUUUUGAUCUCAACCUUCCACCAUGGCAAGAACCCAUCUGCAAUUGAUCAGGGGACUUUUGCGAGGUACACUGAAAGAACUGCUUUCGAGAGGCCCCUCACAAGUGGCGUGGCAUAUGCGGUGAGGGUGCUCCACUCGGAAAGAGAACAAUUCGAGAAGCAACAAGGGUGGACUAUUAAGAGGAUGGAUACGCCUGAGCAAACGCCGGUUCACGAGGAUAACCAUGCCUCGGAGAACCUGGAGCCCUCCCCAGUUCAGGAAGAAUAUGCCCCUGUCAUUUUUGCACAAGAUACUGUCUCACAUGUGAUUUCGCUUGAUAUGCUGUCAGGAAAGGAAGAUCGUGAAAAUGUGUUGCGUGCAAGAGCAUCAGGAAAAGCGGUUCUCACCGCUCCUUUCAGGCUAUUCAAAACCAACAGCCUUGGAGUUAUAUUGACAUUUGCUGUCUACAAGUCAGAUCUCCUCUCAAAUGCAACACCAAAUGAGAGGAUCCAAGCGACCCAUGGGUAUCUUGGUGGAGUCUUUCAUAUUGAAUCACUCGUGGAGAAGUUACUUCAACAGCUUGCAAGCAAGCAAACUAUCCUUGUCAAUGUGUAUGACACAACUGAUACUGACCACCCAAUCAGCAUGUAUGGUUCAAAUGUAUCGGAUGAUGGCUUACAGCAUGUUAGCGCCCUUAACUUUGGGGACCCAUUCAGAAAGCAUGAGAUGCGCUGCAGAUUCAAACAAAAAGCACCAUGGCCAUGGCUAGCAAUAACAACUUCAACUGGCAUACUUGUAAUUGCAUUGCUUGUUGGGCAUAUAUUCCAUGCGACAGUGAACAGAAUUGCUAAAGUCGAGGAGGAUUACCGGGACAUGAUGAUGCUCAAAAAGCGAGCAGAGGCAGCUGAUGUUGCAAAAUCUCAGUUCCUUGCCACUGUUUCUCAUGAGAUCAGAACCCCAAUGAAUGGUGUUCUCGGAAUGUUACAUAUGCUUAUAGACACGGAUCUAGAUGUAACUCAACAAGACUACGUGAGAACUGCACAGGCUAGUGGAAAAGCUCUAGUCUCACUUAUAAAUGAGGUUUUGGACCAGGCAAAGAUUGAAUCUGGUAAACUUGAGCUUGAGGAAUUACAGUUUGAUCUGCAGGCAAUUUUGGAUGAUGUCUUGUCCCUCUUUUCUGGAAAAUCUCAAGAAAAAGGAGUGGAGUUGGCAGUUUAUAUUUCUGAUCGAGUUCCCAAAAUGCUAAUCGGUGAUCCGGGGAGGUUUCGCCAAAUCAUCACCAAUCUCAUGGGAAACUCAAUCAAAUUUACAGAGAAAGGGCACAUCUUUGUUACCAUUCAUCUUGUGGAGGAGUUGAUGGAUUCAAUAGAAGUUGAGACAGAGUCAUCAUCUAAAAACACCUUAAGUGGUCUCCCUGUAGCAGAUAGACGCUGCAGCUGGGAAGGAUUCAGGACUUUCAAUCAAGAGGGACUCACUAGUCCUUUCUCAUCAUCCUCCUCCGACCUCAUCCAUCUAAUUGUAUCAGUUGAGGAUACAGGUGUAGGUAUCCCUGAAGAAGCUCAAUCUCGUGUUUUCACUCCCUUCAUGCAGGUGGGUCCAUCCAUUUCUAGAAUACAUGGGGGCACAGGUAUCGGGUUAAGCAUAAGCAAAUGUUUGGUUGGCCUUAUGAAUGGAGAAAUCGGGUUUGUAAGUAGACCCAAUGUUGGAUCCACUUUCACUUUUACUGCUGUCUUCUCCGGUGGAUGCUCCAAAUCAAAUGAGUACAAGUGCCAGCCAACUAACAACCAGUCUAAUGCUGUCUCGUCAGAAUUUCAGGGCAUGGCAGCAUUAGUUGUGGACCCCAACCCUGUACGGGCCAAGGUGUCAAGGUAUCAUAUCCAGCGGCUGGGGAUCCGUGUUGAAGUCACUUCAGAUUUGAAUCAAGUUUUCUCCAGCAUAAGCAGUGGGAAUACAGCUAUCAACAUGGUCCUAGUUGAACAGGACGUUUGGGAUAAGGACUCAAACCUUUCUGCUCUCUUUGGUAAUAAAUUAAAGAAACUUGAUCUGGAGGUUCCUCCUAAACUGUUUCUUCUAGCUAAUUCCAUCAGCUCUACCAGAAAUAGUGCUGCAAUUUCUGGGGUUUAUAAUCCAACUGUCAUCAUGAAGCCUCUGAGGGCCAGUAUGCUGGCUGCAUCUCUACAACGAGCCCUGGGUGUUGGGAACAAGGGGGUUUGCCAGAAUGGAGAGCACCCCAGUUUGUCUCUCCGCAAUCUUCUUCGUGGGAGAAAAAUUCUAGUUGUGGAUGACAAUAAUGUGAACCUCAGAGUAGCUGCUGGUGCAUUGAAGAAGUACGGAGCUGAUGUCGUCUGUGCAGACAGUGGGAAAAGUGCAAUCCCACUGCUUAAACCUCCCCACGACUUUGAUGCCUGUUUCAUGGAUAUCCAGAUGCCAGAAAUGGACGGGUUUGAAGCUACUGGGAUAAUUAGGGAAAUGGAACGGAACGUCAAUAGUCGAAUCCAACACGGAGAAGUUUCUGUGGAAGCUUAUGCAAAUAUUUCGAACUGGCACCUACCCAUUUUGGCCAUGACUGCAGAUGUCAUCCAGGCCACACACGAGGAAUGCCUGAGGUGCGGAAUGGAUGGAUAUGUAUCAAAACCAUUUGAAGCUGAACAACUUUAUCGCGAGGUUUCACGCUUCUUUCAACCACCUCCAGAACAGAACCAAUAGAGGAUUUCCACAAGUCUACUACAGGCUUGCUGAUGACAUAAAGCUCAGGUGACCCAUCUUCAGGAUUCUUUUGAAUUCUCAAAUGGGAUCAACUUUUUCCCCAAGAGUGAGUUCUCUUUCAACCAGAACUUCGUACAUCUGUUUGUUUCAAGCCCUUCCCCGUUGCCUAACACUCGCUAUGUUUGAAAUUUUCCCAGGAAAAUAACUUGUUUGGUUAACAAAGACUGUACAUACAAGCCAUGCCUGAUGGGUGGAGAUUGGAUUUGGAUUGAUUGCUUGACAACCCAGAUACCAUAACAGAUUCAUUUUUUCUCAGAAAAUAUUGAUCUCAUCUUCCAAGCCUUCCAUCAGGACCUUUACUCGGGAGCAUGUGGAAGUAAAAGUUCUUCAAAGGGACUUCACCAUCUGGAGGGAUCAGAGGGACUCGGGUCUUUUCCCCGCAAGAAUAAUGAAGAAAGGCCUCCUCCUCACCCCUUCCCUAUUUUUUUGUCCUUCACAUAAAUCACUGCUUGUAUAGAUAUGAAAGGUAGCAUAGCAGCCACAGGGGAUGAUGCUUCUUGUAUAUUACAAUUUUCAAUAAAGAUGAUGGGCAUGGGCUCAAACUGGCCUUCUGAUUCUACCAAUGCCAAUGGUUUGUUUUAUUAGGAGUUGAUGUAACCAAAACUACAAUUCGAAUUUUGAGUAAUCCCAUGUGAUUUUUUUC